CGCCGGGAACAUUUCGGUAUACAAUCGCGAGACACGUGGAUCGUUUCGGUGGAAUUCGUUUGUACUGGAACAGAAUAUUCGGCAAAUCGGCAAAUAUUUGAUCGAUGCAACGAUCGAAAUAACUAGAUCGACGUUUCGAAUCGAGGAAGCGAUCAAACGAGGAACAUCAACCGUUAGUCUCUGAACAUUGGCAGAAUGAGUUGUAGAAAGCCUUCUUCCGCCAAGAAAUCGACCAGGAAGUCGAAUUCUUGCGGCAAGGGUAACUGCUACCAAUCGGACAGCACCACAGAGAGCUCGUCCUCCUGCUACAGUUCGGACACGUCCUUCACGUCCUCGGACAGCUCCGACUGCUCCGAUUGCGAAUGUUACGACUGCGACAGCGAACCGCAACGGAAACGGGGUAAAGGAAAAUCGAAAGGCCGUGGCGGUGCACGAUCGUCGAAAACGUCGAGAUCCGCCAGAGCACCUUGCAGCGCUAAAACCUCGAAAAAGAAGACGGUUCGUCGAACGAAACGAUCUUCCUCGUCGUGCGGUUGCUCGGACUGCGGUUGCUCGUACAGCAGCGAUGACGACGAUUGUUACGGUUGCGUGGCCAGCAAACCGCGUCGUAAGGUGCGAAAUUAAUUAAAUCCACCGUCCUCCCACCAUCGUUCGUAUCAUUAGUUACUACUUCUCCAUCGUGCGCAGCGAAUUAUAUCGAGAUCGUGUACCGAAUUAAUUAUUUCUCGUUUCUAUUGUUACGCGUUAUUUAUACGUUGAUUGUACAUGUAUUUUACUGUUAUUCACUAGUCCAAUAUGUUACCCACACCGUUUCGUUUUAACAAGCUGUUAACGCAGCUUAAAUGUAAAAUAUCUUUCAACCCUCUUCUUCUUCCAAAAUGGCGGGAACAUUGAGGAAUGAAGAUAAACAUCGCUAAAAUAUCGUAUAGGCUUCAAAAUUUUCUCGAAAAUAUGGUUAUUGAAUUUUAAUAACGGCGACUACAUCUACUGUUUAUAAUAAUUACGUUAUACUUUUUAUACUGCGAACUGUAGCAAUAGGAAUAGCUUUAAGCCAGAGCACCGGGAGUGCGUCUACGUUUAUUAGAUAAGAAAGAUUUGUAAGUUAUUUCAACAAUAAAGUUUCGUAACAGCCGA